UCGAGGAGGUAGGAACCUUUCCAAGUGACGGUUAGAAUUUGUUGCAGCACGGUAUGUUUUUGUGAUGCACGCGCUACAGGAGUUGGUGGAAUUCGAAUGUGGGAACUAAACUCCCAGUGAAUGAGUUAAAAUAACCAGAAGGUCGUUAUAUUCAACUCUUGAAUUGUAAAAGAAGACUUGGUUCUUCAUUUAUACUCAUCAGGGGGUAAGAUGGUGGACUGGAGUCCGAUAGCGAAGGUGUACGACCCGCUGAAAGCUGGCAGCAUCGACAGCACGGACGUGGAGCCCCAUGAUCGGGCGGUAUGGAGAGCUAUGUGUGCCCGAUACAAGCCCAACAAAGGUGUCGUUGGAGAUCCGCUGCUCACCCUGUUUGUGGCCCGUCUGAACCCACAGACUACAGAGGACAAACUGCACCAAGUGUUCUCCAAGUACGGGGACAUCAUGCGUCUCCGGCUGGUCCGGGACAUCGUCACUGGUUUCUCCAAAGGGUACGCCUUCAUUGAAUACAAGGAGGAACGGUCUAUCGUCCGGGCCCGCCGGGACGCCAACAAGCUGGUAGUCGACCAGCAUGAAGUGUUUGUGGAUUUUGAACAGGAGAGGACUCUCAAAGGAUGGGUCCCGAGGCGGCUUGGUGGCGGUCAGGGAGGGAAGAAAGAGUCCGGACAGCUGCGGUUCGGCGGCAGGGACAGACCUUUUCGCAAACCCAUUAACCUCGUGGUCGGUCCGGUGCAGGAGCGAGGUGGAGGUGGUGGUGGUGGUGGUGGUGGUGGUGGUGGUGGUGGUGGUGGUGGGGCUGGAUGGAGGGAGUGGGACAGACAAGGAGGGAGAGACAGAGAGGACCGGGAUCGACACAGAGAGGCUGAGUGGGGCAGUAGAGGAAGAAGGGAUGAUAGGGACAGAGGCAGAGAGAGGGAUGACCGCAGACACAGAGACAGUGGCAGCAGGCACCGGGACAGGAGAUGACCCCACAGCACUGAUGUCAAUAUGUGACCAUCAACAACUACCUGCCUCAGUUUUGGGGAGUUAAGAAGAGACUCUGGGUGGUUUGCACGUGGAAACUAAGCUUCUCGAUCAUAUAUGGCCUCCUCGGUUUAUCAGACUGUAUGAGGUCAUGUGUAUUUGAUACUCUGGACCAGGGGUUUCCAAACUUUUCAGCCUGCAACCCCCAAAUAUAGGUGCCAAAGACUCGCGACCCCCACUGUCCCUUAAAUGUCGCUUUAUAUUUCAUUUAGCUGGUCUUGCAGAAAAUAAAUGAACCGGCUGCUACUCAGGCUUUUGUUUAGUAACUGUUAACUAACCCUAACCUCAGGAGUUCCGUGUCAACAAGGAACAAAAAAAACUUCACAAUAAUGGUUUAAAGGCCUGUGAGGAGUUUAAAACUGGCUGAGAAACAGACUGAAAAUGAUAGCGAUGCCUCUUAAAGACCUUCAAUAUCAAACAAGACCAUCAGCAACAACACUAACACCUUCUCUGUUGUCAUUUUGAGUGGCUGAAACCGCCCUGAGGGGGUAGGUGUCAGACCAGAUGAUGGACAUCUCACUUCAGAAAAAGCAUUUAUUUGACUGUUUACAUGGAAAAUAUUCUCAUUCCCUGAUAAAGUUGACUGUUAAAAGACAACAGGAUGAGGUUUUUGUUGAAAACACUACUUUUGCAUGUAUAGCACAAGAGAUAAGAGGUAUCACUUUGUCCACAAGGGGGCGCCAGAAUCAAUACAAAACAAAAGUUCCUCACAGCAGCUUUAAAUAUGACAUUUGAGACAAUUAAAAUAUAUAUUAAAAAUUCUGGAAGACAUCUCAAGACCCCCCAAUAGUGUAUCGCAACCCCCCAGAGGGUCCUGACCUAUGGUCCUGACCCACACUUGAGGAACCCCUGCUCUGGACUAUGUGGUAUUGGGAUGUUAACUUGAAGUGGCCAUAUGCAGCUGGUAGUAUUAAAAGAUCUCACAAAGAAAUGUAACAUAUAACAUGCUUUAGUUGUUUGAAUUGAGCAGUAAAAUAUAAUGACAUAUUUAUCAUUUCAUCAUCCAUUACAAUGCUGGAUUUUUUUUCCUUCAUAAGAUUGUCAGUGCCAGGGAAGCCUUUCAGGAAGUGAAUCCUGCUUAAGUUCAUAAAUGUUCACAUUUUUAUUGUCACUUGAAGAGUUGGCUCCUGUUACAUAAAUCACAUUUUCUCUCUAAACAGCGUGAUGAUUCAGACACAGAUUAAACAGAAUUGAAACAAUUUUUACAGUUAUUUUUUUUUAAACAUUUUGACAUAUAGUCCUGUCUUUCUUAUACUCUCAAUUUUAAGUAUGAAGACUUUUUGAGCAUCCACUGGUUUGUGUACGAUUGGCUCUAAACAUGUGGAAUGAAAACAAAAUAAAAGCUAUUUUUUGCUUAAA